AUGAAAGCCUUCCUUAGAGGAGUUGGAUUGUGGCAUUAUGUUAAGGAGGAAAAGCAGCCUCCUCCUUUGGGGCCGAAUCCUACUCUAAAUCAAAUCAGACAGCAUGAAGAAGACGUAACUAAAACUCCUAGAGCACUGUCCAGUCUUCAUCAGGGUGUAACAGAUGUAGUAUUCACAAAGAUUGUUGCUUGUGAAACUGUCAAAGAGUUAACUUUAUCUGAAGUGGUUAAUGCCUUGAAAGUUGAAGACCAAAGGAGAGCUUUGAGAAGGCAAGAAGAAAACAUAGAAGGUGUUUUUAGUGCUAAAACAAAUGAGAAGAAGUCUAACAACAGUCCUCAUAAAAAAUUCUUUGGUGAAAAAAAGGAAAAAUGGAAACAAGCUGGAAGUGAGAGCCAGAAAUCUGGAGAUAAGAAAGGAAGGUAUCAACCGUGUCCUCAUUGCAAAAAGAGAGGCCACUCUCCAAAUUUUUGUUGGCACAAACCUAAUGCUAAAUGUAGGAUCUGUAACCAAUUUGGGCAUGUUGAUAAAGUCUACAAAAGUAAAGAAAGCAGCUCAUUUCAACAAAGUCAGCAAGUCCAAGAAGUGGAGAAGCAAAAUGAAACAAGUGAACAUUUGUUUGUGGUGUCUAAUUGUGACACUACAGAAGAACAUUCAACUUGGCUAAUAGAUAGUGGAUGUUCAAACCAUAUGACGUAUGAACAACGAUCUAUUGGUGAAGCUUGA